AAUAUUUGUUGUGACGAAGAAGAAGAACAUUUAAGUAAAAACACCUGUGUAUCUUUACUUGUCAACAUUAUUUAUACAGGAUUUGUAUUUGCUUUUGCCAUUUCGUUUAUCUUAUAAUUGGAAGCUUAUGGUUUUCGUUAGUAGCCAGUCAAAUUAUAUUUUUUCGAAUAUGGAGGAAAUGAGAAAGUACUUACAUCAGUUGUUAUUGAAAGUUGAUGGCUUGCAUUGUAUCAUUAUUACCGACAGAGAUGGUGUCCCAGUUUUGAAAGUUUCAAAUGACAAAGUGCCGGAACUGGCAAUGAGACCGAAUUUCCUCUCUACGUACGCAAUGGCGACAGACCAAGGCAGUAAAUUGGGUCUCGGAAAAAACAAGCUGCUCAUCUGUUCGUAUUCUUCGUACCAGGUGGUGCAGAUGAACAAGCUGCCGCUGGUGGUGAGCUUCGUGGGCGCGAGCUGGUGCAACACGGGCCACAUCCUGUCCCUGGAGCAGCACAUCGAGCCCCUGCUGGGCGACCUGCGGUGUGCGGUGGCCGACUCCUGAGGGCGGGCCCCUGCGGCCCUCCCCGCCUGGCUGCUGCCCUUCCUGCUGGCCUCGCAGCACUCAAGUGAGGCCUGCCACCGCUAGCCACGUUCCUGGAUACCGUAGCACGUCUCGGAUCAACCUCAUUCAACUCAAGCAAACUAAACAUUCUCACAAGUUCAUUUCAAAAAUUCAUUUUUUAAUGUACAAAUUUCAAAUUUUAACUGAAGGAUAGACCAACAAAUUAUUUGAUGGGCACAAACACCAUUAUUUUUACCUAGAUAUUUCUAUUAAAAAUUUAAUUUAUCAUAAACUUUUGUAUUCAGUUUCCUAGCAUUUCAGUAUGAUGAUUUUUUGAAGACCUGAUGUGUUUUAUGCAAAAAAAAAACUGUAAUCAAGACAGUGAACUAACUAUCAAUUUCAAAACAAGUAGGUAAUGUUCAUCCAUCGAGUGGUAGUAAUGUUUCAUUUUCAGUGAACACCGACACCGGUUGGCUUGUCAUAAACAGUUUAACUUGUCUUUUAAAAUAAACUUUUGUUAUCUUUACUUAAUGGGGAAUAGAUUGUCCUGAAAAUAAAUAAUUUCUUCUCCCCUUAUUCUUAAAACUUUUUUGAGGCUUUGUUAGAUUUUUGUCUCUAAAGGUAGCUGGCUGUAAAAUUCAAGAAUAAAAAGUGCUCAGUUUGUCUUAAAUCAACAGAUAUUUAGACACUUUUUAAAUGGAUUGGUACACAAUAAGCAAUGGUCAUAGAUAAACUCACCUAUUGGGCAAGGAGAAAUGGUUAUGCACUAACGGUCACUUUUACUGGUUCUCUUUACUUAAUUAGUUGAUUAGAACUUUGCAGUAAACAUUAGUAUUAACAAGACCAUUUAAAAGAUGCUAACAAAUGUUUAGCUCCUAAUGUCCACAUUAAAUGUUAUCAGAGGGUUUAAUGAGAACAUGUAAAAGAGACCCAAGUCUUACUCAGACAAACUAUCUGCAACUGCAAUUUUUAAUUCUAUUCUUUGUGGGUAGAUUUUGUGUAGUUUGUUUGCAGUGACUAUAUUAUGAAACGUUAAAAAUAGUUAAUUUAUCUUUACUUUUUUAUGUUCAAUGGAUUGUUAUUAUGUUAAUUUUUUUUUAAUACAUGCUAGUCAAAUAUGCUUGUAUAGGAAAUAUGUUUAAAAUUUGGAUACAUACUUGCUGGGAUCCUUUCUUCAUUAAUUACUCCAUUUACAUUUAUUGUGGUAAGUACGUGUUCACAACCUGACCAGUAAUUAAAUUCAUAUUAUCUGUUAAUGUCAUAUAUAACUGUAAAGUGAGGGAUGUAAAUUGUUUAUAUGGAAGUAGCCACAUAGUAUAAAAAAUUGUAUGAGUUAUGUAUAAUAUUAAGUAUAGAAUGUUUUCAUUAAUUGUAUGGCUAAACCAAGACUGAAAUAAUUAAAGCAUUCAAGUUGAUGAA